AUGGUACGCGUGGGUCACAUGGACCCCAACAGUUUCUACAGGAAGCAUCAUAGAGUCGUAUGGCGCUGUGACAUCAUCAUAGAGUCGUAUGGCGCUGUGACAUCAUCACGCUGCAGCCUGACUCACACAGUUACAGGAACCUGCUGGUUCAGUCCUGAGGCUCCACAGAGUCCAGACCAAGCAGGAGCUGCUGGGUCCCCAUACAGAGCCUCAAACAGGCUGGAGUGUGGUUCGGGCUUCCACGCGUCGCGGAGGCAGAAGUACGGGAACGUGUUUAAGACCCACCUGCUGGGCCGCCCGCUGAUCCGGGUGACGGGCGCCGAGAACGUGAGGAAGGUCCUGAUGGGAGAACACACGCUGGUGACGGUGGACUGGCCCCAGAGCACCGCCACGCUGCUGGGACCCAACUCUCUGGCCAACAGCAUCGGGGACAUCCACCGCAAGAGGAGGAAGGUGUUUGCCAAAGUGUUCAGCCACGAGGCCUUGGAGUCCUACCUCCCCAAGAUCCAGCAGGUCAUCCAGGAGAGCCUCAGAGUGUGGAGCUCCAACCCCGAGCCCAUCAACGUCUACAGGGAGAGCCAGAGGUUGUCGUUCACCAUGGCGGUGAGGGUGCUGCUGGGCUUCAGGGUGUCAGAAGAGGAGAUGAGGCAUCUCUUCUCAACCUUCCAGGACUUUGUCGACAACCUGUUCAGCCUGCCUAUAGACCUGCCAUUCAGCGGCUACAGGAAGGGUAUCCGUGCACGAGACACCCUGCAGAAAAGCAUCGAGAAGGCCAUCAGGGAGAAGCCGCUGUGUUCCCAGGGGAAGGAUUACAGCGACGCGCUGGACGUCCUGAUGGAGAGCGCCAAAGAGAACGGCACUGAACUCACUAUGCAGGAGCUGAAGGAGUCGACCAUCGAGCUGAUCUUCGCCUCCUUCGCCACCACGGCCAGCGCCAGCACCUCGCUCAUCAUGCAGCUCCUCCGCCACCCGACGGUGCUGGAGCGCCUCAGGGAGGAGCUGAGGGCCCGGGGCCUCCUCCACAACGGCUGCCUGAUGCCGGGGGAGCUGAGGCUGGACACCAUCGUCAGCCUCAAGUACCUGGACUGUGUCAUCAAGGAGGUGCUGAGACUCUUCACGCCGGUCUCAGGGGCCUACCGCACCGCCAUGCAGACCUUUGAACUGGACGGAGUUCAGAUCCCAAAGGGCUGGAGUGUGAUGUACAGCAUCCGGGACACUCACGACACCUCGGCCGUCUUUAAGGACGUGGACGCCUUCGACCCCGACCGCUUCAGCCAGGAGCGCGGCGAGGACAAGGAGGGACGCUUCCACUACCUGCCGUUCGGCGGCGGCGUCCGGUCCUGCCUGGGCAAGCAGCUGGCCACCCUCUUCCUCCGCAUCCUGGCCAUCGAGCUGGCUAGCACCAGCCGCUUCGAGCUAGCCACCCGGCAGUUCCCGCGCGUGGUCACGGUACCCGUGGUCCACCCCGUCGACGGGCUGAAAGUGAAGUUCUACGGCUUGGACUCCAACCAGAACGAGAUCAUGGCCAAGACGGAAGAGCUCCUGGGAGCGACUGUUUGAAGAAAGAGAGUUGGGGAGUAAAGGGGGUGAGGGGUGAGUGAUCGAAGAAGAAGUCUUUAGCCAGAAGAUGGAAGGAAGGAAAAGAAAGAAUUUCAGAGUUAUUUUUUCUUCUCCACCUUUGCUCUGCCAAGUUGGAGGUUUCUUUUCAGACUAAAAGAAGAAAAAGCAGAAGUCUUCGUCUCUUGUUACAACUCAUGAUGAUCCGGACUUUCCUCUGAGAAAGAAAGAAGCUGCCAAAAAGUUCUUAAUUAUGCUCUAUUCUGUGUAUUUUUUUUUUAAAGAAAUAUACAAACAAAAUGUAUGUAUAAAAAAAAAAGCUAUGUAAUAUAAUUUGAAAGAGAAGGUGGGUAGUAGUGCACAAUGGGAGAAAGAGAAGUAUGGUGGUACUUUUGGUGAAAUGAAGUGUUGAAAUUUAGAAAAGUGAAAGUAAAGAGGGCUGCAGAAGGAAGGCGAGAUGGAUGAAACAGGGUAUAGGAUGAAAGAAUAUGAUAUUUUAGCAUUUUUUUGCUUACGCUUAAUCAAAUGCAGUGAACCAUUUCAGUUGUCUAGCAGGGUAAAGCAUAUAUCCAUAUAUGUAGACCGAUAGUUCUAGAUUUUGACCCAGGCGUCUUCAGAUUCAACUCGCUGAUUAGAAAAAGAUGACAUACAUCAGUGGUGACAUUGUGUUUUCCAUUAAGAUUCAUAUUGUUUACUAGCUUACAGAUGCAGUCAAAAGAAUCAUUGCACAUUGGAUGUGGCAGGUUGCGGCGCAGGUACACUGUGUUGCCGAGCGCUUCAGGUUGGCUCUGCAUCGUUUCUCUGAGCCAACUGUAUCAUGAUGCAGUAAAUAGUGUUUGAACGGCCUAAAUUUGCAAUUUCAGGCAGUGAAGGAAAGGGCUAAGACAUGGGGGGACGCAGAAAACGCAAGAAAAUAUAUUCUGGCUGCAUAUUUCAAUGGGUGGAACACAUGACAUUUUGAAUGGAUGUAAAUGGGCAAUUUGUUCACUUUCUUAAGACCUCGUUUCCUGCUGUUUUUUUUCUUCUUCACAAAGCUGCCUCUAAACUUCUAUUAAUGCAUAUUCCAUUCAUGCAACAAACAGUAAAAUAAGCUUCAACAUGGCUAAGUUAACUAUAAAAAAGGACAUAAAAAAAACAAUUGUUUUAUUUUCUUUGUCUCGAGUAAAAACCUUCCAUUAAAGUACUUAUUGCCCAUUUCCAUUGACUCCAAAUGUUGCCCAUAUAGUAUAUAUACAGUACAUGUCCCAGUAAUCUUGGUGAUGUGUGAACUCAGGUGCAGAGUAGACAUUGCGGUGAUUAGCGAGUAAGCCUUUUUUUGCUUUUUGAUAUUUAACUCUGACUGACUGCACAUAAAUAAUGUCACUUACUCACUGUUGUAGUUUCAGAGCUGGAACCGAUUACUUGUUGAAAGUCCGUCAAUUACUUUGCCUUGAGUUGAGACUAAACCAACAGAUAUCAGGGGUUUCCAAUGGUGGUCGACCGAUACGGGUUUUUUAAGGCCGAUGCUGAUACUGAUUAUUUGCUGCCGAUUUUUUUGGGCCGAUUCUUGAAGCCGAUAUUGCCUUUUCUCCCUCCAUUUACAUGAUAAAAAAGACACAAUGAUCACAAAUGUUACACAAGUGUCAAUUUAAACAAAAGAACGAAACAAACAAGUUGGAUAGCAAACAAUAGGGCUGCUUCCACUACCGGGCAAUACCCGGACAACACCCAGAAUGAGGCGGGUCUCACUUGCUGAAACGCCGAAAUUAGCCUACCAACAUUACUAAUAGGUCAUAAUGAGCAUUUAUUAAUAUGAUUUCGUAAGAAAUAUAUCUCAGGAGAUUUGGAAUCAUGACCUCGCCGAGCUAGAAAAACUCAAAACUAGACUUGAAGUUGACAAAAUUUAGAGGUUAAGGUGCCGGGCUGUAGACUUUCAUAUGUUUUACAAAAGCUCUGGUGCACAUUUUAAUUUACUUUUUAAUCCAUCCAUUCUCGUCCGCUUAUCCGGGGCCGGGUCGCGGGGGCAGCAGGAUAAGCAGGGCAGGCCAGGAGAGAAAUAUUUUUACAAUUGAAUUCAAAUUCCAAUGGGCCGACGCCAAUGAUGUAUGAAAAUAAAAAUGUAGGGAAAACAGCCACCGGGAGCCACUGCAGACGGUCUGAUUUGCUCUAAUUGAUCGGCGAACGCACGCACCUAUCGGCCGAUGCCGAUACAAGUAAAAAACGCAAAUCGGUCUACCUCUAGUUUCCAAUCAUGCUUGCUCCCACUUGAGGUAUUACUUACCCCCCCCCCAAGGAACAAUUUUGUUGGUGCAUUUAAAUAAGCAUAAAUAAAUAACUUUUGCUGUCGUUAAAUGAAACUUUUUGGGACUUCUGUUGGUGCAAAUUGGAUAAAAGUAACUGAAUCAAUAAGUAAUGGGGUCCAGGUCUGCUUUGUAAACUCUCUGAACCUGUGCUUUGAUACAUAAACUACACUUUUAAGUUGCAUUGAGAUUGUAUACUCUCUCGGACGGUGACUUUAUAAUCCCGCAACGAAGAUAAAGAUUAAGAACUCACUCUGGUGAAGACUUCCCGGAGCUGGAAAAAGGAGGAGGAGGAAAGAUGGCGGAGGUGGAGAAGACCUACAUACAUGCUGCUUGAGUGUUUUGCUUUGUCAUUCUGUUUGUUUAUUUGUGUCUUUUUUUUUUUUUUCUCUCCUUGGGGCAGCCAUUUUUGAGUUGUGCGGAGAAGAAGGUGACAUUUCGUCUUGCUGCUCCUCGAAUCAACGCUAAGAAUGCAAAAUAACAAAAUAAAUUCCAUGGUUUAAGCAACUUUAGAGGCUAUAAGAGAUUUUAUUGUUUGAGGUGAUUGCACAAUCAGAACUCUCGGAGCUUUGUGUCUUCCAUGAUUGAUUGAUUGGAGGCUUUGUUUCCUUUUGCCCAUAUAUGGAAAAAGCUUCCACCCAAGGGACUCCGGGACUUCUUUAUCCGAACUCUUGGACUUUCUAGAGUCCCCGUGCGGCGUUCCGAGUUUUCCGAACGGAAGCUCGAGAGAGAAAAAGGUCCAAUGAGGUUUCAGGGUCUCAGAGGGCUUUUCCUAUUGGACCGUCCUGUCGUCCAAUAGCAUUCCAGAUGGAUUCUGCCUUCGCUAGACAUUGUUCACCCUUUCUACCAACCACACCACUGAUUUCUUCAUGAUAUAAAAAAUAUAAAAAAUAGAUUUUUUUGCUGCUUUUCUUGUGUACAUUUUCUAAAUUGAGAGUUCUAGAUUGCAAUAGUUUGUAUCGAGUGAGAUUUCUUUCCCCGUCACUAUAUAUAUACAUAUAUAUAUACGUGUGUGUGUGUAUAUAUAUAGCUGAUUAAAAUAUUUGCAUUUUGUGAAAAAGCAAAAAGAGCAUUAAUAGAUUAUUAUUAUAGUGUAUAUGAAUUUGUACAAUAUUCCUUUUCUUUAGCAAGCCAUGGGGAAAAUCAGCUAUUUACGUCUACUAAUAACCUAAUAUUAAUGUUAUUGUACGAUUAAUAUUGUUGUUAUAAGAUAUUUGAAAUGCUAUUUUUUAUUCUAUUACAGAUUUAGAGUUUUUAGCCUAAAUGAGAAGGUCUUUGGUAAAUAUUGGAUGUAUUUAGAAUGUUAUGUAUUUCAGUUAUAUUGUAAACAGUGUUUAAAAUGUUAAUAUUGUUGAUUUGAUUACUGUAAUAAUUAUUAUUUUUUUUGUUUUUGUUAUUCAGACUUAUUAUCACUGCAUUUUAUUUGAUAUUAAUUAUGGAAAACAGAAAGCACUUGCGAGGUAUGUCUAUUUUUUAAGUGCCAUGCGACUACACUUCCCCUUCCUCUCACCUGUUGGAUUUCUCUGAACCUGUCUCAUGUCGUUCUGUACAUAAUAUUUGUAUUUCUUUUUACAGGAAAAAAAUGUUCAUUUAGUUUAAAUAUGAAUGUCUUGUUCUACUUUCUUCCUUUCGUUUUUUGUUACCGUGAUUGUUAAAUGUACUCCUGUAAUAAACUAUAAAGUAAAAACA